CUGCGCUAACGAGGCUGUGUGAGGUAACUGGCAACAACGCAAUAAAGUCGGACACUACUGGACCAUUACAGCAGUCCUCCCUAUCCAUCAACAUCAGUCACGUGACUACAGAUCAGCGCGCGCCAUUUUGUCCGUAAAAUUUUCACAUAAGCUGAUACUUCCGGCAGAACAACGGAAAAUCACUCUAAUUAUGAAAUUCAGUGUAUAUACGUGUAUAUAAGGAAAACCUCCUUGUAUUGAGACCGACAAUGAUCAGGUAUGAUUCAGUUAGUUGCUUCAGACACCUGAGCGACCAUGGCAUCAAUCGGCCUGUUUUGUCGCCAAAACCGUGUUUCCGGAUGCGCCCUGACGUCUGUUACUCCGCACUCAGACUUAUCUAUCCUCAUAAUCAAAAUUCCGUCAUUACACAGAUCGCCUCAUGACACAACGUUAGAAUAUCGUAAUUGAUAUUACAUAUUCUAACUUUUGCGGUUGACAUUGAUGUGAAUUGAGAGUCGAGAGAGCUGCCAGACGCCAGUAAGCCACACGGGGUCCUCGGAACGACAAAUCAGUCGCCUCCGUCUCCCCCUCCGGUCCAAAAAACACGAUUAUCCGUCCGCAGUAGCGAAAACCGAUCCCGAACAAUGUCUUUAGGAAUGGGGCGGUGGCGUGCACUCAACAGUUCACCAUGCCCGUAUCAAUUCUGUGCGAAUGUCAUUCUCCGUCCGUCCCAAUUAAAAGUGACACGUAGUGGCGGAUCAGUGGCGCACAGUUGGGGUGUUAGUUUUCUCCGCUGUUCUACGGUGUCACGCAUUCCGCUGGCGUUACGCAGCUCCGAAACGUAGAGAGAAGGCGUCACGUCGUCUUGCGUCUGAAGAUGGGAACGUCUUGGAAGGAAUUAUCCCUGUCUGCCGUCCUGCUGCUUUUGUGCGCGGGCAGCGUCGUCGGCAAGGAGCUGAAGUGCGUCUGCGAGGACGACCCGGGGUUUUACAGGUACAGCAGAGGGACGCACUCCGGCAGGGUGAGCAGACCAAGCGGGCCGCAGGGCGUCACAGCCGACAACAAACGGGAACGGGUGUUUGGCAAGCCUGAUGGCCCCGCUAACCUGGUGGAGCCCGGCGCUCCCGGUGUCCGCGGCGCCGGCGGGAAGAAGGUUCGCUCCUCCGCCCGACGGGCCGGCAAGAAGGCGCACAAGCUCGGCGUGGUGGGCCAGAUCGUCGGCUCCAGGAACAACGGGCUGCCGGCCUUCACCGCGGUGCGCUCGCACGACCUGGCCGCCAUGGACGGCAACAUCGUCAUCACGUUCGACCAGACACCGACAAACGUCGCCGACGACUUUGACGCGUCGUCGGGCGUCUUCGUGUGCCAGGUGAGCGGCGUGUACUACUUCUCGUUCGGUAUGCGGAAGGCUGAGGGCACGGACAGCGCGGUGUUGCUGUUGCGGAACGGGCGGGCGGUGGCCAUGGCACACAGCACGGGGCGGGCCGGGACCGAGAUGCUGGCCCAGGGGGCGGCCAUCGUCCUGCAGGCCGAGGACAGGGUCCAUACCGAGCUCAGGAUCGGCAGCGUCUUGGACGGCAGCAAAAACGAACCCGCCAUCGUCUUCUCCGGAUUUCUUAUACAGAGGAAGUAGAUAAAAACGGCGUGUCGGUCGACUAGCCGCCACUAGUGUAAGGCACCCUUCCACCAGACAGCGAUCGGUGAUGAACCGUUGAGCGACCAAAAUUGGAUUUUGUGUGACCCUUGUUUUUAUUGACAAUGUACUGACAGUAUUUGGAAUGUGAUGCAAGAUGCAAAAGUAUGGCUAGAAAGACAACAAAGCACACAAAACGUACUGUGUUUAUUUUCAGAUUCAUCGAGCGGUCUGUCAAAUAUUUGGUCGCUCACCGGUCGCACCCUCAAGUGGAACGGGGUGUGAGGGAUUAUCGAUUGUAGAAUUUGACAAAAAAGGGUCAAUAAUUGGCCGGGGGAGUGAGCCGCGGUAAAGCAAACAUUUUCUCUUAGAACUGCGCGGGCAAUUGCAAACUCCCCUGGUAAAUUAUUCACACUAUGCCAGUGCAGUUAGUCUCGAUCUCACUGGUAGAGGCUAGUCUAGCGUCGGCCAUAGAAAAUUAUUGUCUCUGCGAAAUUCUCCCAUCUUUCUCGUAUUUUCGCAAAAGGUUUGUUCUUGGUGUAUUCUGUCUUUUUUGAUCGACAAGACAUGCCUUUAUAUAAGAGUUGAGUAAAUAAAUACCCGUACUGUGUACGGAACAGUAUCAUACGCACAUUAUCAAACGAACGCUUAAGAGAUUAACUUUAGUCCCUAGUUACUGUUGAAUGUCUUUGAUUGGUGUUAAACGUUCUAAACGUCUAGUAAUAUAUAAUCGUUUGCGAUACAUGAAAUACGAUGUACGUGUUUUUUUCAGACUAUCGAGAUGGAAUGAUC